AUGGCUCGGCUUUACCACCUCACGCUCCUCUCCGUCUUCUUCUUCCUGCUCCUCACCGGCCUCGUGGCUGCUGAUCUGUCCGGAGGGAAGAAGGUCGGGAAGAAGGUGACCAUGACCGUGCGGUACCCGCCUGAAGACUUGGGGGAGAAGAUCACGAUCUCGACGCACCUCGUCGGCGAGGGCGGGGUCGGCGACAGCCACUUCCAUCUCGACGGCGACGACUACGAGCCCAUCAUUUUCGCCGUGAAAAACCUUGUUUCUGCCCUGGGGAAGGUAGGGGAUCCGCAGGCCUCUCUAUCCGAGAUGUAG